AUUUUCAUCUUUGAAAUUAGAUUAAUAUAGUUUAAAUAAUAGGAUACCUAUGAACACAAUUGUAUGUAAUUUGUCAGAUGAUUGCUGCCACGCAGACGCAGCUGUAUUAUGUUACCAUAUAUUACUGCAUAAGCGUAAAACUGCAAGUUUGUAGUUGUAAACGUAGAGUGAGUUGAUAGCUGUAUGUGCAUCGUUGAAAACAGUGGGUUUUAAAGUGAACUAUAAAAUUUGGUUAAAAUAGAAUUUUUAAGCGUCGUAUAAAUGACCAUUGGCGAAAAACAACGGUGAAACAUUUUUAUUGUAUUACGGCAUAUUCACUGAUGUACAAAUAGCAUACCGGAUGUACUGCAGAAUUUGUGCAAGAUGUCUGUGUUAAAAUGUCUUUGUUCUUAUUAAAAUUUUCUUAAAUGCAUCGAGACAUGUGCUUGUAUGCUUAAUCGAAGCAGCACGAUCUUCAUCGUAACUUGUAAACCUCAACACGACAAAAAAUAACGUCUGCUAGACACAUUUCAUUAUUCUUUAAAUAACCGACAUUUGGUUUGGUUUUUAUGGUGAAGCCUUGCUGACAAACAAUACACGGAACAAUCAACCGCUAAUCUAGAAACUAACGAUACAUUGGCAAUUAAUUGACAAAAAUGUAUAAAUUCAAACCGUUUGUGUUUGUAAAACAUGAAACAAACAGCGUGAAACGUCCAAAGUCCAGGAGUGGACACAGGAUAGUUUGUGAUCAUAAAUAUUUAUAUUCUUAUGGUGGAUUUAAUCCAGGUAUCUCUGAUAAUGAUCCUGAGAUGCGAAAUGAUAGAGCAUGGAUGUCUAGCAAGCCUCUUUUCAAAGAAGUAUGGAAGUUUAAUCUUGCCACUCAACAGUGGAGGCGUUUACCAGGACAAGAUAAUAUGCCAGCUGAAUUAGCAUCUAAUGCAGUGAUUUUAAGGGGCAACAUCCUAAUGGUUUAUGGUGGAACCAGUGUUCCAUUUGGAAUGAGUUGUAAUAAUCGCCUUUAUUUAUGCAAUCUUAACAAUGGUAAAAUGAGUAUAGUUGCAGCAAAGGGAGAUCUGCCUGAUCCUCAUUAUGGACAAGCAGUAAUGUAUCAUAAAGGGUAUUUUUACACUGUUGGUGGUACUUCAGGUUACGAAUAUACCUGUGAUAUCCAUAGAUUGGAUCUUAGGACCGGUAUUUGGGAGAAAGUUUACAUAUGUUCUGGAAUUGAUCAGAACGAACCCUCAGGACGAUAUAGGCAUGAAUUAGCAUUUGAUGGAAAAUUUAUUUAUGUUUUGGGAGGAGGAACAGCUGUAGAAGCAUUUGGAUUCUUGGAAAUUCCUGCCUUUGACUUAGAAAUGAACAAAUGGACAACAUUAAAUACAUAUGGUACCAAUGAAGAUAAUAGAGUACCAGAACCUAGACGUUGCCAUGGUUGUGUACAAUAUACAGAUGGAACCACAGGUGUUACAUCUGUAGUUAUUUCUGGAGGAUAUAAUGGGGAUAAUGUCUUCUGUGAUGUUUGGAGAUUAGAUUUGAAUGAUCUACAAUGGACAUGUUUAAGAAAAUGUAUCCUGCCAUGCCCUGUAUAUUUUCAUUCGGCUGCUCUUACUCCAGAAGGACGCAUGUAUACAUUCGGUGGUAUAAUUAAAAAGAAUAAUAAGGUUGUAAGGACAGCUGCAGUUCAUUCUGUUUGGUUAAAGAUCCCUAAAUUAUCAGAGGUAUGUUGGCAAGCAUUAAUUUAUUAUUUUCCACAUUUAUGCCAUAAAUCACCACAUCAGUUACUUCUCAUAGGUAUACCUUCAAAAUUCGUUGAAAGAAUUACUAUAUUUGAUUUGAAUAUUUACUAAGUAUUUAGAGGAUUAUUACUCUGACCACUGUUACCAGUUAUUCAUUGUAUAAAUAUUGUAAUUGUUGAACAUUAUUGCCAUAAUUUAUUUACCAUAUUUUUAUAAAAAGCAUAGUAUAUUGGGCAAUUAAUAUGAAAGAGAUUAUUAAUAGAUCACUUGUUUUAAAAAUUUACUUAUAUUGUACAAUUAUUAUAAGUAAUACAGUAGGUUGUAUGCAGUAUUUCUGGUCUAUUUAGAUUUUGAGCAAUUACCAGAAUUACAACCAAAGCUUGAUUAUUUACAAAAUAUAAAGAAUGCUUUUCCCUUUACUUCUUUAAUUUACACAAAUAUUUAAUUAUAAAUCUUGAGGUUUUUAUUUUACAAGUUUUAAAUAUUACAUCAGAAUCGUUUCCCCCUAAUAUUUAUUAGUAAAAAUAUAGUUCGAUAUAGUUAAAAAAGCUAUAUUGCAUGUUAUCUAAAAUUAAUGGCAAGUAUGCUCACCAAUUUAUGUUAUAUGUUGUGUAAUACUUACAACAUUCAUGAUUAUAAACUUGCGUAAUAACGUGCAUAAAUUUUCGACAUAACGGAAACUUAUGUAUAUCUUGUUAAAAAAAAAUACAAGCUAUUUCUACUUUAUACACACUGUAAGACUUCCUUAAUUAAAAUUUACUCUAUCAUGUACAUACAUAAAUGUAAAUAAGCAAUAACGAACUGGUAUCAAACAAAAUUAAUUGUGCAUUAAGUAUAGCAUAUGUAUAUGUACUGUAGAGUAUGAAAGGAAAAUAAGGAUGUAUAAAAGAGACAUCGAAAAUUACUGGUUGAUUUGAGCUAUAACAUUUGUUUAAUUUAACAAUUUUUCGGAGAACUAUAAUAUUAUGUUAAAAGUUAAUGUAUUACUAGCAUAAUAAAAUACAGUUAAUGGUAUAAAAUACACACAAAAUGUUUGGGCAUAGCUAAAAUACUUUUAAUUAAUUAGUUGAACAAAUUUACUUCAUGUGUAUGUACUCUAAGUUUCAGCAUAAUACUUAUACAUACACACUCUCUUGAUCUAUUCCUAGAAAGUACAAAGUUACAAAUCUAUUGCAAAGAUUCCUAAAUCUAGUUCUUAUAUAAAGUAUACUUUUGCAAUAGAACAUCGACAGCGCAUCAAAAAUUCUAUUUGCUAAAAUAUGAAUAAGUCUGUACAAACUUUAUGUUCAGGGAAAAGCCUUUCUACGACGAUAUUAUUGAUAAGGAUAUUAAUUACUUAAUGUCUGUUUAUUAUCUAGAGUAUACUACACAUUAUUUUUUUAAUAAAUACAAACUGGCUUGCAAGUGUAAAUAACAGAGUAAUAACAAUCGGUAAUAAUACAAAAUGUUAGCUCCAAUCGAUAGUAAUAUUGCAGUCUAAAUUUCGAUGCUAUAAAUUUCAGCUGCAUUCGGUAUGUUGUUCUAAUCCAUAGUAUUGAUUCUUGUAAAUAUUAAAGAGUGAUAAGUAGCAAAAAAAGUUGUUCAGUCUUUCAAGCAAAUAUCAGUGAUAUAUCAUCAAACAAUUGAGACAAAAUAAUUACAAAAUUUAGUUGAGAAGAAAAUGACUCAGUUUUUGUAAAAGCUUUAAAUAAACAAAGAAAAGGAACGUAAUGAUAUUGCAUCCCUCUUGGCACAAACUAUUAUAAUAUGUAGAUGAUAGAAUAUUGUCUUUCUCUGAAGCAGAAUUUCAUAUCAAACAAAGUAUGUUGCGUACCAAUUUUCGGAGUACAAAAUAGCUUAAAAAUUACUUUGUUAAGUACGCAAUGCAGAAUACAAUUAAUUAUUAUUAGUAGGCACGGACGUUAUUAAAAGGGAACUCGGGGAUCAAAAGCGGUACAGAUAAAUACGAACUAAAUUUACGUGUGAAUUGUGUGAAAUAAAAACUCUUGCCUUAAAGUUAGGUAAACUAAAAUGUAUUCACGUUUUCAAGCGACAGCACGUACAACAAUCUUAUUACUGGUUCUCAAAUGAACAUGUCGGAACCUAAAACCACGCGAGUUAUACUUAAGUAGGUAUACAGGACGUUUCUCUUCUCAUUGUUCUAUUCUCGGUACUGUAUAAUAUCUAAGGAGGCAUGCCAUAGGUAUGCGUUAGCGAUGUUAAAUUGUAAAUAGGAAAUUGAAUACAAUUCAGCUGAUACUUUUAAUCCUGCUUAUUUUUUCUCGUACCCUAUAAUAUGGAUAUUAAUUUUAACAUAAUAACGAUCGUGUAAAUUAACGUGCUAAACAUGAUUGCAACUUUCACGAUUAAUUGUUUAAUUGGGAGAAAUGUUUCUAUUUUUAAUUUUUAAAUUGUGUAUGCGUAUUAUACAAAGUGUUAUGGAUGUAACAGUUGGUACAUCGUACAAUGUACGACCGUAAAUUAGACAAACUUAUCAAAUAGUAAGGCCCAAUGCUGAUGAGCGACUUCUGCCGUACAAUUAUGCAUCUGUCUUCGUUGUUUUCAUUUGGAAAAAUAAGGAAAACCAUGUAUGAUCGUAUGCCAAAAAAUCGCUCGUCUGCAUCGAACCUAAGAAUUUUCAAGCAGCUGUGCAAAGACUACAUUGAAAUCUAAAUUGGUACAUUAAUGAAACAAUUAAGAUCUCAUUUGUCGGUCUGGCUGUUAUUUCCACUUGUUGCCUUUGUCGCAUUUGUAAUAACAGUGAAAGUAUUUUAUAGCACGGGUACGCGUUUGCGAUCGUUUGUUGUUUUGUGUCUAUUCUUUGUCUGUGCACGCGUUCGUAAUUAUCACGAAAAUGUCAAUAAUAAGAAACCUGGGUCUACUAAUUAUUAAAUAUUGACUACAGAUUGAAAAUGUUUGCAAUACUUGGCUCGAUUCGAUUCCCAUACAAAAUUCGCAUACUUGAAAAUACGGUAGGAGGAAAAUUAAACCUAGAUACUGUCGAUAAAAUCAAAUACUCAACGACUUAAUAUAUACAACAUAUAAAUAAAUACGUAUGUGAGACUAAAUAUUGCGAGUAGACUGAUUAUAAAUGUGAAUUGAUGUUUGUACAUUUUCGUCGUAUUUAAACGAAAGGAAAUUUAUGCGAUGAAAUUCUAUGAAAAUAAAUUGUAUGUUUUACGUACGUUAAAAACGUUUAUUGUUUCAUUAAACUAAUAUUUUAAGAAACAAAAUUC